AUGCUAUAUACGUGUCGACCACCGUCUUUAAUCGCCAGCCUUGCCAACUGGGACUGUUGUCGCAGGGAUGAUGAUUCCUUGAAAGAUUAAUGUUACGUUUGAAAAUAAACAACUUUGAUAGGAAAAUGGAGUAUGCUUUUAUUACUCCUAAGAGAAUUGCGAUUCUACUGUGUGAUGAUACGAGUCCAAAGCAAACAUGCAAAUACAGCAUAGGAUUGGGCAUCUUCUUAGAUUAUAUAUAUGAUUGUUUAUUAAUCAUGCCCAAAAAAUUGAGAGUCCUCCGCGUGUUUUGAAACACGGUAA